AUGCCAAUUGAUCCUGCUAGGCCCUUAAGGGAGGGACUGCGUUUAUUGAUCAUGAAAUCCCCAGAGCCCCCAACAGGGUAUUGUCCUGUUAAGGGGUGGCCGCAUGGCCCAGAGGCACAGAGCCCUGCUCUGGUGUCUGUGACAUCUGCAGGGAUGGAGGACAUUGCCUUACAGGAGGUCUCAGGCCCAGGCACUGGCAGCCUCAACCCAGGCACUGUAGGCACUGGCAAAGAGCAGCCGACCCCGGGACCCCCUGCAACAACAGCAGCUUCCAGGCUCUGCCCCAGUGACAGCUCACAGCACUGGUCCCAGGAGGAAGGCAGGGAGACGGCAGGUGUAGGUGGAAAAACACCUGUGGAGCUGGAGGUGGUAAUUCACCCAAUUCGAAUCACUCUAACGAGCCGCAAUGUAAAAUCCCUGGAAAAGGUGUGUGCUGACUUGGUCAGAGGAGCAAAGGAAAAAAAGCUCAAAGUGAAAGGACCAGUUGGAAUGCCUAGCAAGACUUUGAGAAUCACUACAAGAAAAACUCCUUGUGGUGAAGGUUCUACGACAUGGGAUGGUUUCCAGAUGGGAAUCCACAAGCGACUCAUUGACUUGCACAGUCCUUCUGAGAUUGUUAGGCAGAUGACUUCCAUCAGUAAUGAGCCAGGAGUUGAGGUGGAAGUCACCAUUGCAGUUGCUUAA